AUUUAACUGAAAACAAAAUGAUCUCGAUUCAGAAAAUCAAUGACAGAGGGAUAAUGAGAAGGAAGCCUCCAAAGAAAAUAUUGAAGCUAAAAAAGAGGAAGAAAUGUUCAAAAGAAGGCUCUGUUUCAAGAGUCUCAGAAUCUUCCAUUGAAAACCCUCAGCAGAAGCUAAAUAAGCAUGUCAGGUUCCAAGGAAUUAUCGAAUCUAUUGACAAGAUAUCCCAAGCGGGGGAGGACAUCGAGAAUUCAACUGGGGAGAGCAUAGAAGAUACUGCUUCUGAGAGCUCUGUGCGACUAUCUCUCCCAAAACAAGAAAUUUUGGAUAAGCUGGACUUUGACAUAAAUAAUAAUGAGCAGGUUAAAGUUCCAAAGUAUGAACUGGUUAUGGUCCUCAGAGAAAACGAAAAUUUGAGAAACAAAAUCUUAAAAUACAAGGACUUCAUACAUGAAAUGAGAAAAUAAAAUGGAACCCAUUAAGCACAUCAUUAUUAACUAUGAAAUUCAGAGGGAAGAAGGCAUGAAACAAGUUGAUAAGUUAAAGAGAGAGGUCAAAUCAUUGAAGAAACUACUCAGCCAGUCAAUCAAACCAGAUAGGAAAGAUAGCUCAGGUGAGAUCAUAAGACUGAAGAAAGAACUUAAGAGGGCAUAUCUAUCCAACCAAGGGGUAGAUCAGUGAGCUCAGCUUGGAAAGGAGAUAAUUUCUCUCCAGUUGAAAUUGGAUAAACAGAAAACUCUAACUGACAAAUAUAAAAGAGAAAGAUCGUUUUCAAAGACCAUAGAAAAAGUAGCUUCAGACAUUGGCUCAGUAUUUGAUACCAAGUCUAACAUCACAAUGACACCUAUCGAAACCUCAACAAGGUCAUGGUCAAGAGAGGAUAAGACAAGAAGUUCUGAUGAUUUGCUUAACCCGAAUAGAACAGCUGAUUUAAGAGUAAACUCACUCAUGAAAUUUUCGAGUUUAAAAUAA